AUCCGGGCGGAAACAGGGUAGGCAGGUGUCGCAAGGCAGAGCUCAGGUUGCCGUAGAGGGGCUCUCGCCGCCGUCCCGGGGCGGCUCGAGUCAGAGUUGUGGGGUUUGCUCCGGCUGGCUGUGGGGACGCUCGGCCGCUUCUUGCUGCCGCCCAGCCUGCUAGCUCGCUGAGGGGCCGGCGGAGCGGGGCCCCUGGCCGGUCACCAUGUGGGCCUUCCCGGAGUUGCCGAUGCCGCUGCUGGUGAAUCUGAUCGGCUCGCUGAUGGGGUUUGUGGCCACGCUCACCCUCAUCCCGGCCUUCCGUGAGCACUUCAUCGCCGCGCGCCUCUGUGGCCAGGACCUCAACAAGUCCAGCCGGCAGCAGAUCCCGGAGUCCCAGGGAGUGAUCAGCGGUGCUGUCUUCCUUAUCAUUCUGUUCUGCUUCAUCCCUUUUCCCUUCCUGAACUGCUUCGUGGAGGGGCAGUGUAAGGCAUUUCCUCACCACGAAUUUGUGGCCCUGAUAGGUGCCCUCCUUGCCAUCUGCUGCAUGAUCUUCCUGGGCUUCGCGGAUGACGUGCUGAACCUGCGCUGGCGCCACAAGCUGCUGCUGCCCACAGCCGCCUCGCUGCCUCUCCUCAUGGUCUAUUUCACCAACUUCGGCAACACCACCAUUGUGGUGCCCAAGCCCUUCCGUCCGCUUCUUGGCCUACAUCUGGACUUGGGCAUCCUGUACUAUGUCUACAUGGGGCUGCUGGCAGUGUUCUGCACCAAUGCCAUCAACAUCCUAGCAGGAAUCAAUGGCCUAGAGGCUGGCCAGUCACUAGUCAUCUCUGCCUCCAUCAUUGUCUUCAACCUGGUGGAGCUGGGAGGCGAUUACCGGGAUGAUCACGUGUUUUCCCUGUACUUCAUGAUACCCUUUUUCUUCACCACUUUGGGACUGCUCUACUAUAACUGGUACCCCUCCCGGGUGUUUGUGGGAGAUACCUUCUGUUACUUUGCUGGCAUGACCUUUGCCGUGGUGGGCAUCCUGGGACACUUCAGCAAGACCAUGCUCCUCUUCUUCAUGCCCCAGGUGUUCAACUUCCUCUACUCACUGCCUCAGCUCCUGCGCAUCAUCCCCUGCCCUCGCCACCGAAUUCCCAGACUCAAUACCAAGACAGGCAAACUGGAGAUGAGCUAUUCCAAGUUCAAGACCAAGAGCCUCUCUUUCUUGGGCACCUUUAUUUUAAAGGUAGCCGAGAGGCUCCGGCUGGUGGCAGUACGCCGGAGCGAGAGCGAGGAUGGCCACUUCACCGAGUGUAACAACUUAACCCUCAUCAACCUGCUGCUUAAGGUCUGCGGGCCCAUCCAUGAGCGGAACCUCACCUUGCUCCUGCUGCUGCUGCAGGUCGUGGGCAGCGCUCUCACCUUCUCCAUCCGAUACCAGCUUGUCCGGCUCUUCUAUGAUGUCUGAGUGCCCUGGGUGUUGGCGCUCACCUCAGAGUCUCCAGGGGUCCUGCCCUGACCCCUGUCUGGACCAAAGCUGCUUCCCCUUCCCCUGUGAUCAUGGACAUCCGGGGCCUUUCUUGCCCUCUGGCGAUGGCCGCCGAGACUUCGCCUGUGGCUCCCAUCAGCUGGCCGCUCUCCCGCCCUCACAUCUCUGGGCUGCAGCGGAUUUUGGACGGUUACCCACAACUCGACUCUCAGGGUCCUGCCGCUCAAGGGAUGUGCUGGGCUUGGGGCAGGACCUGGGCUAGGGGAGGGACACGGGCUGGAAGGCGGCUUGACUCUCCACUCUGAAUGAAGUAUUCUGAUUAGUAAGGGCAGAGGGGCACCCGAUGCGCCCGACAGUGACAAUAAAGGGUCUUUUUCUGGUUCCUGUACGUAUAUU